AUGGGAGAAACCAAGGACGAUGUUUACGAGGAUGAGCUUCUUGACUACGAAGAGGAAGAUGAAAAAGUUCCUGAUUCCGCUGGAGCUAAAGUUAACGGUGAAUCUGGAAAGAAGGGCUAUGUUGGGAUACACAGUUCAGGAUUCAGAGACUUUCUUCUGAAGCCGGAGCUGCUUCGGGCUAUUGUGGAUUCAGGAUUUGAGCAUCCUUCUGAAGUACAACAUGAAUGCAUACCUCAAGCAAUCCUGGGAAUGGAUGUUUUAUGCCAAGCAAAAUCUGGAAUGGGAAAAACUGCUGUUUUUGUUUUAUCAACUUUGCAGCAGAUUGAUCCUGUUCCAGGCCAAGUUUCUGCUCUUAUUCUGUGUCAUACAAGGGAAUUAGCAUACCAGAUAUGCCAUGAGUUUGAAAGGUUCAGCACCUACUUGUCUGAUCUCAAAGUUGCUGUCUUCUAUGGUGGUGUCAACGUUAAAGUUCACAAGGAUCUGUUGAAAAAUGAAUGCCCUCAAAUUGUUGUUGGUACACCUGGAAGAAUACUAGCAUUGUCUAGGGAUAAGGACCUUUCUUUGAAGAACGUCAGGCAUUUCAUUUUGGAUGAAUGUGAUAAGAUGCUGGAAUCACUUGACAUGAGGAAAGAUGUGCAAGAUAUUUUCAAGUUGACUCCCCACGAUAAGCAAGUUAUGAUGUUUUCUGCAACGCUCAGCAAGGAAAUCCGCCCAGUCUGCAAAAAGUUUAUGCAAGAUCCCAUGGAAAUAUAUGUUGACGACGAAGCAAAAUUGACCCUUCAUGGUCUUGUUCAGCACUACAUCAAAUUGAAGGAGGAGGAGAAAAACCGGAAGUUGAAUGAUCUUCUUGAUGCACUGGACUUCAAUCAAGUUGUGAUCUUUGUGAAAAGUGUUAGUAGAGCAGCUGAGUUGGACAAACUGCUUGUGGAAUGCAACUUUCCAUCUAUAUGCAUUCAUUCUGGAAUGUCCCAGGAAGAAAGGUUGAAGCGUUAUAAAGGUUUUAAGGAGGGGCAUACAAGGAUUCUUGUAGCAACAGAUUUGGUUGGCAGGGGAAUUGACAUUGAACGUGUGAAUAUUGUGAUAAACUAUGACAUGCCUGACUCUGCAGACACGUACUUGCACAGAGUUGGCCGAGCUGGAAGGUUUGGCACCAAAGGACUUGCAAUUACAUUUGUUUCAUGUUCAUCUGAUGUUGAUGUUCUCAACAAUGUUCAGUCCCGGUUCGAAGUGGAUAUAAAACAGCUUCCAGAGCAGAUUGAUACAUCUACAUACAUGCCAUCAUAA